AUGAAAAUUGCUUCUUUGUCAAAGGAAAGAAGGAGGAAAAGGAGGUCUCUUUCGACGACGCCUCUUCUUAAAUGUCUUUUCCUUUGUUUCAUCUGUUGUUUCAUCUGUUGUUUUCAAGACGCGCAGGCGGCAGAUGAUGAAAAUGAGUUUCAGCGCAUCACGACGAAUACGAAUAUCAACGACGAAGAGAAGAAGAAGACCAAGAGUAGCAUCACGAGUGGCGGCGGUUUUAGUAAACCGACGACGACUUCUAGAAGGAACUACUACGACUACGAAGAUGAAGGAGAAUCAUCAUCAUCAUCGAUGACUAAUACGCAAACGGGCGAUUUAGGAGCUUUAACGAAAGUGCCGGCGUGCAUCACGAGAGACGAAGCGUUUGGGAUCGAACUCACCGUCGCGACGGGAGGGAGCUCGGCGUUAGAAGGGAUCGACGGGACGAAGAUUUUCGCCCUGAGCGCGUUGUUUGGACCGGAAAUUGCGGAUGAUUAUAACGAAGAAGACGACGACGCGAACGAGUCUAGUAGAAAACCGAUUCAGUUGACGACGCCGAAAGACGUCAACAUGACCGGGUGCGAAGAAGUAGGGAAAGACGCGGCGGAUGCUUCGGAGUAUAAGAACAAGUGCGUGGUCAUCAAAAGAGGCGGGUGCUCGUUCGAAACGAAAGCGCAAAUCGCGCAGAAUAAAGGCGCGAAGUGCGUUAUUAUCGUGAACGACGGCGAGGAUUUAGGAUCUAUGACGUGCGAUUCAGAUUUAAGCAUCGAUAUUCCGGUGAUGAACGUGAUUGAAAAAGACGGGAAGAUGUUAACGACUGCGUACGAGUUGGACGGCACGGUGGAGAUGAGAAAACUAAAAGACGGGACUGAUUUCUACGGAAACGGCGCUUUGCUCUUCAUCGCGGUGUUAUCGAUCACGUUAGGGGCUAUGUUUAGCGUCACGGAUAGGUUUUAUUCUCGUGGGGAUGGAGGAGGAAGUAAUAAUGAUAGUGGUUUUAGCGAGUUGAAUAAUAGCGCGAGCAGCGGCAGUCUGAGCAACAGCAGCGCGUCGCCGUCGCAGUCGAACGAGAGUUCGCCAAGCGGGACGCCAGGGAGACAUAAAUCGAGAGAAAAGAAGUACAACAACAACAACAACAACAACAACAACAACUCGUAUGGGACGACGACAAAUACAAAUGAAGGCGACGACCAACCGUUGAUUGACGAAGAAUCCGGUCGAGUUAAACAGAAAAGAAGACAACGGAGCAGAAGCAGAAGAGGCACGAGCCGACGCCGACGACAGCAGGACUAUUCCAACAACGCGGGCGAAGAAGAGGGAGCGUUUGAAAUCACCGAAAUGUCGGCGGUAUAUUUCGUCCUCUUCUCCUCGUUAGUCUUAGUCGUCCUCUUUUACUCCAUGGACCAUUGGAUCUUUGUCGCGUUUCGAUUGCUCUUUUGCUUAGCCGCGUUCCAAGGAUUAUCGAUGAUGUUCUUUGAAGUGAUAGCUCGAAUCUUUGGCGUGGAUCCGCACAAGACGUCGUACGAUCACACGACGCCGCUUUCUUCCACCAGAAGACGCUCGAACAGUCGCAGUAGAGGAUCGCAAGAAGUGGACGAAGAAGCGACGAAAAACAACUCCGCUUUGAACGCACGCGUUGAAGAAAAUAACGUCAACUUCAUCCUCCUUCCGCUCUUCGGCAACGUCCAUUAUUUGAUGAUUCCAUCCGUCAUUCUCGGAGGCAUUUUAGUCUGCAUUUGGCUCAUGUUCCAAUCCGAAGAGUGGGCUUGGGUCUUGCAAGACAUAAUGGGCGUCGCGUUCUUAGUCAACGUCAUGCGUUUAGUCCACUUGCCAAACUUGAAAAUCGCCACGUUACUUCUCACGUGCGCCAUGUCCUACGACAUUUUCUGGGUGUACAUCCAACCGCACUUGUUCGGGAAGGAGUCCGUCAUGGUCAACGUCGCUCGAGGUGGCGACCAACACGAAUCGUUACCGAUGUUGUUCAUGUUCCCGAGAAUAGGAGGCUCUCAAGGCGAAUACAGCAUGCUUGGCUACGGCGACGUCAUCUUACCCGGGUUGUUGAUUGUUCACAACGCGUUGUUCGAGAAUCGAUUUUAUUCGUCUUCGUCGUCGUCUUCACCAACAGGAGGAAAGGUGGUUACAAAAAUGAGGUACAAAUACUUCGUCUGCUCUGUAUUCGCGUACUCCGUCGGUAUGAUUUUAACCUUCAUCGCGUUAUACUUGAAAGUUGGCGGUCAAGGCGGUCAACCGGCGUUGACGUAUUUAGUCCCGACGACGGUGCUGACGACGGUGUGUGUCGCGUGGAUGAACGGCGAGUUAAAAGAGAUGUGGAAUGGUGGUAAAAGUGGUAGUAGUGCUGAUGAUACUCAUACUAAUAGCAGAGAUACUCAUGGCGAAAGCCAAGCGUUGUUGUAA